CAGGGAUCUAAGCAGUAUUUAUCACCAUGGGCAGCAAGUAACUAGCUUUACGUUGCACAAGAGGCACACCUUGUUUUAGAAUCCUUACUUUUAUGAAAGAAUUCCACUAACAGAAAACCAGUUCUCUGUCCAGAUAUUUGGGACUAAAAUCUUCAAUAUUUGGUUCGAUGGAAUCGUUUCCCAGGCUUCGACCUAUUGUCCCCGCUGUCUGUGAAACUCCCUGUCCUACCCCAGCUCACAAAGGCGAAUUAUUAAAGGAUUUGCUUCCAGUUGUCUGCACCUCUGUUGUGCUGUCUACCACUUACCCUCAAUUCACAGGACGAGAACUGGAAUCGAAAAUCAGAAAUGGAGAAAUUCAGAGAUGGACUAAUCCCUUUCACGAGAACAAGCAUCCAGUCCAAGCAGAUAAACAUAGAGACAACAGGAAAAAGUCAGAGAUUGUAAAGUUUGGAACUGUUACUGAUUUGAGGAAACAUAGAGUUUUGGGCAAUACAACGCCUGGAUUCUUUACAGAUUUAGCUCAUUUACAGAUGCAACUUAUCUCAGGUAAAUUUGAUUCCUUGUGAAAUUUACAAAAGAUUAUUAGACAGACAGACAGAUAGACAGACAGACAGAUAGGUAGACAGACAGACAGAUAGAUAGAUAGAUAGAUAGAUAGAUAGACAGAUAGAUAGAUAGAUAGAUAGAUAGAUAGAUAGAUAGAUACAUUGAUAGAUAGAUAGAUAGAUAGAUAGAUAGACAGAUAGAUAGAUAGAUAGAUAGAUAGAUACAUUGAUAGAUAGAUAGAUAGAUAGAUAGAUAGAUAGAUAGAUAGAUAGCCUGAUAAAUAGUGUAAUGCAACUUCCACCAUGCACAGUCAUUCAAAUACUGACAGACUAUCAUGCACACAUUGACAGACAGACAUACAUACAUACAUCAGUCUGUCAUGCUGGUGCAAUUAUGCAGACAUGCACAGACUGCAGGCAUAUACAGCUAAACACAUACAAGUCAAAACACAGACUGACAGGUUGGCAUAAAAACACAAACAGACCAACACACAGAUUGGCAGGUUUAUACACACAGACUAAGCAACUAACUACAUGUAUGCUGUUGGCGUGGGGGAGCUUUGUAAUUAUUUCUGUGUGGUAUAAUCUGAAAAUAUCUUCUGUUAAUGAGUAUCACAAAACUGUGUGUGUGUGUGUGUGUGUGUGUUUGUGUGUACACAAUUAUAUUUAUUUACAUUUUUGAUUUUAUACAGUCUCAUCCUGCUAUUAAAUUAUUUUGUCCUAAGUUUUUAUUUAUUUCUAUGAAGGAUAUCCCAGAGGCAAACCGCUAUUUAAAGACAACACUUCACUUGUAUCAUCCAUGAGAUCCUCUCAAAUUGAGAAAAGAAAAAAACCCACUCGGAGAAUGGCAGUAAAAACGAGGUAUCAGUUGCUCCCCCCUAUCCUAGAUGUCUGGACUCAAAAUGAUGCAAUGGAGAGAUCAAUCAGAUUAGGAAUUUAAAGCAUUCUGUAACUGACAAAAAAAAAAAAAAAACAGAAAAAACUAGCAUACACAAAAUAAAACUGGACUGCUAUGGAAAAAGUGAACAAUAUUCUUUUUGGAAUUUUCGAGGCAGCUCUAGAAUGAUGAAUUAGGUUCUACUUUGGAAACCAACAUGUUUUUUAUUAUAUAUGUCUUUCCAUGAUCAUUAGGAAACAUCAUCACAUCACCAUGGAAACUAGUGGAACCAGCAGGUAUAUUCCACUGAUAACUCCUCUCCUUUACAUAUAUGAAAAACCUUUCUGAAUAUGUCACUUUGAUAAAUUUCUCCA